CAUAGUACACGGCAAAGAUGCUACAUUCUCUUUUUCUCCUGCUUGGAGCUCUUUCUCUCUUAACACUGGUCAUAGGGCAGGAUCAAUCAGGAUUCAUUAGCAUAGAUUGUGGAUUACCUGAAAAUUUUAGCUACACUGAAAAGAACACAGGAAUCAAUUAUAUUUCAGAUGCUAAUUUCAUUGAUUCCGGUGUGAGUAAGACUCUAUCGCCUGAAGAUAGGAUUACUCAUCAACAACAAUUUAGUUACCUAAGGAGUUUCCCUAAUGGUGUGAGAAACUGUUACAAAAUAAACAUGACAAGUGGUGUUGAUUAUUUAAUCAGAGCUAGUUUCUUGUACGGAAACUAUGAUGGUCUUAAUAAACUCCCACAAUUUGAACUUCAUGUUGGACCAAAUGUGUGGGAAACAGUGAAAUUCACAAACUCAUCAAUCAGCGUAAACUAUGAGAUCAUCUACUCUUCAUCACAGGAUCAUAUACAUCUCUGUCUCGCUAACACAGGCACUGGGACACCGUUUAUUUCGGUAAUAGAAUUGAGGACUUUGCCAAAUGAUACUUACAGCAUUAGCAUACAGUCGGUUGGAUCAUUGGCACGUGUCCUAAGACUAGAUCUCGGUUCCAUCACCAACUUAACAUACAGGUACAAAGAUGAUCCAUACGACCGUUUAUGGGAACCUUAUUCGAACAAGGAGUGGACACAAUUAAGCACCUCACUUAACACUGAUGAUCUAAAUAAUACAGUAUCAAUGCCACCUGUAAUUGUCAUGAGCACUGCUGCCACACCAAGAAAUUCUAGUGCCUCUUUGGAUUUUAAGUGGGAUGCAAAUACUAUAACUGACCGUAUUUAUUUCUACCUACAUUUUAAUGAGAUCCAAAAACUGAAAGCAAAUGAAACUAGGUCAUUCAAUAUCACCCUCAAUGGUAAGCCAAUUGAUGGUCCUUUUGUUCCUAAAUACCGUUCUACACAAACCAGUUACACUCCUUCACCUCAUAGUGGAUUCAAGACAUAUCGAUUAUCAUUUUUGAGGACAGAGUUCUCUACCCUUCCACCCAUCAUCAAUGCUCUUAGAAACUCAAAAAGAUGAUGUUGAUGCUAUCACAAACAUCAAGCUAGCCUAUAGGGUGACUAGAAAUUGGCUUGGAGAUCCAUGUGGCCCUGAAGCAUACAAGUGGGAUGGUCUAGAUUGUAAUUUUGAUGGCGAUGGGAUCCCAAGAAUCACUUCGAUGAACUUGUCUACAAGUGGAUUGACAGGACACAUAGUUCCUGAUCUCUUAAAGCUUACUAUGCUAAAGUCAUUGGAUUUAUCGAACAAUAACCUAACUGGGGAUGUUCCUUAUUUUCUGGCACAACUGCAAUCACUACAAAACUUAAACUUGGAGAACAACAACCUAUCAGGUUCAAUUCCAAAUGAACUCUUUCAAAAACAAAGAGAUGGUAUAUUAUCAUUAAGGGUGGGACAAAAUCCAAAUUUAUGUGCCUCAACUUCAUGCAACCAACAAACAAAUGAUACAAAGAAGAAAAAGCAUAAUGCAGUUAUUAUAGUGCUAGCAUCAAUUGCAGGGAUAUUGCUUCUUCUUGUGAUUGCAGCAGUUAUAACCUUUUACCAAAGCAAAUAUUAUGAUGUUGAUAAAAGCAUUAUUCUUGGAAAGCCUCGUAAUUCAAUUAAGGGGUCAGAAUUGGAAUUGAAGCAACGACAAUAUUCAUUUAAUGAAGUUGUUAAGAUCACCAACAGCUUUGAUAGGAUUCUUGGCAGAGGUGGAUUUGGAACUGUAUAUGGGAGUGGAUCCUCUCCAGUGAAUAAAAAACUGGAUGGUGUACAGUGUUUAAUCUAACCAUUCACCAUAUUUUCUCUCUUA